AUGGCCUUUCCAGUCCACAGAAAUGGAAACCUCUCACUGGUGCCCUUGUGGGAGUUUGUGCUGGUGGGAUUUGGGGGCAGUGCAGAGACUCAGGCCCUGCUCUUUGCUGUCUUCCUGGCCCUGUAUGUGGUGACCAUCCUGGGAAACCUGACCAUGAUCGUGGUCAUCACCCUGGAUGCCCGCCUGCACUCCCCCAUGUACUUCUUCCUCAAGAACCUGUCCUUUGUUGACCUCUGCUACUCCUCUACCAUUGCCCCCAAAGCCCUGGCCAAUUUCUUUUCUUCCAAGGUCAUCAGCUUUGCAGGCUGUGCCACUCAGUUGUUUUUCUUCUCCUUUUUGGGAACAAGUGAGGCUUUACUCCUAGCUGUGAUGGCCUAUGACCGCUUCAUGGCCAUCUGCAGUCCUCUACGUUACCCCGUGACCAUGUCCCCCACAGUCUGUGCCUGCCUUGUGCUGGGUGCCUACUGUGGAGGCUGCCUGAACUCCGUCGUGGAGACCAGCCUCACUUUCCAGCUGCCCUUCUGCAGCUCCAACCUCAUUGAGCAUUUCUUCUGUGACGUGCCCCCCCUGCUCCAGCUCGCCUGUGCCAGCACGUUUGUCAAUGAGCUGGUCAUGUUCGCCAUCUGUGGUUUCAUCCUAAUGGGGGCAAUGUUAGCAAUCCUCAUCUCCUAUGGCUACAUCACCGUGACCAUUCUCAGCAUGCACUCGGGAUCUGGGCGGCACAAGGUCUUCUCCACCUGUGGCUCCCACCUGACAGCCGUGUCCUUGUUUUAUGGAACUGGUAUUGCUAUAUACGGCCAGCCAGGAGCUGUAGCGUCCAUAGAGCAGGGCAAGGUGGUCUCUGUCUUCUACACCCUGGUCAUCCCCAUGCUCAACCCCCUCAUCUACAGUCUGCGGAACAAGGAUGUGAAGGAUGCCCUGAGGAGGCUGGGGAGAGACGCGGCCUUGCUCAGGGAAGAAGUGAGGGAUAAGUACUUAUCGAUGGAUUAA